AUGAUCGGAAUCAAACUAGAAGAUCAUCUGGCCAUCCCGGCAGUGGUACCCUGGACGUACGCCAUUGCAUUGAUCCCAUUGCUUGUCUAUUUGGUCUACAAACACACAUUGGCGACUGAUAUACCUCAUAUCAAAGGCCUACCGGAGAUACCUGGCGCAGUUCCUGUCUUCGGUCAUCUCCUCAGACUUGGAGAUGACCAUGCAAGUGUUUGCGAGAGCUGGUGGCGAAAAUACGGUCACUCUGUCUUCCAAAUUAGACUAGGCAACACCAGAGCGGUAGUGGUCAAUUCUUUCGAAGACUGCCGCAAGAUGCUUCUAGGCCAUCAGAAUGCCAUCAUCGAUCGCCCAAAGCUAUACACCUUUCACGGGGUAGUAAGCAGCACUCAAGGAUUCACCAUCGGCUCAUCUCCCUGGGAUGAAUCGUGCAAGAAGAAGCGCAAAGCAGCGGGAACCGCCUUGGGAAGACCAGCCCUACGCAAUUACCACCCCAUGUUUGACUUGGAAAGCUACUGCAUUAUCCGUGAUCUCCACUUGGAUAGCUCAAAUGGUGCCAUUGAGCUCAGUGUCCGACCGUACAUCCAGCGAUACGCUCUCAACACAACUCUGACCUUGUGCUAUGGCAUCCGGAUGGACGCAGUUUAUGACGACCUUUUACGCGAAAUUCUUCACGUCGGCUCGGCUAUCUCCCUCCUCCGCAGCGCUUCGGAGAAUCUUCAAGAUUACAUCCCUAUCCUGCGUUAUAUGCCGAACAAUGAGAAAACCGCCCGAUCUAAAGAGCUGCGCGACCGUCGUGAUGCCUACCUGAAUCUCCUGCUUGACAAAGUGCGCGAGAUGAUUAAGAAGGGCACCGAUAAGCCUUGCAUUUCAGCUGCUAUUCUCAAAGAUGAAGAAACAAAGCUCACUGGAGUGGAAGUCUCUUCUAUCUGUCUUUCAUUGGUUUCUGGUGGCUUUGAGACUAUCCCUGGUACUCUGACUUCCGCCAUCGGCUCGUUGUCCACCCCCGAGGGACAGAUCUGGCAAGAUCGCGCUUAUGAGGAUAUCAAGCGAUAUUAUCCUGACAUUCGAGAGGCGUGGACAAGUUGCAUUUCCGAGGAAAAGGUUCCUUAUGUAAACGCUAUCAUCAAAGAGGCCGGUCGCUACUACACUGUCAGCUCGAUGAGUCUUCCCCGAAAGACAGUGACCGAGGUCAACUGGAACGGUGCGAUUAUUCCACCCAAAACCAUGAUUUUGAUUAAUGCCCAGGCUGGAAACCACGAUGUGGAUCACUAUGGGCCUGAUGGAGGCAAAUUUGAUCCUGAAAGAUGGCUCAAGUCUUUGACUCCACCCGAGGAGAAAGAAACCACCGGCUUGCCUCAUUUGAGCUUUGGCUCUGGGUCCCGCGCUUGCUCUGGUCAAUUUAUUGCAUCUAGGUUACUCUAUUGUGCUCUUAUCCGUCUCCUUGCCUCAUACAAGAUUGUGGCAAGCGAAGAUAGUCCGCCAAAUACGGAUUAUGUGGAGUAUAAUCAGUUCAAGACGGCUUUGGUUGCUAUUCCCAAGGAUUUCAAGGUUCGUUUGAUUCCAAGGGAUGAUGCAGUUACCUCGGAGUGUUUGAAUCUGGCCGAACAGAGAACCAAAGAGCAUUACAAAGAGUAA